AGAAGUAGACCGUGCACACGCCGGUGUACACAGUGGACCAGGACCAGGAUGAAGACUCUUAUGGUGUUUGAUUUUGACCACACAGUUGUGGAUGACAACAGUGACACUUGGGUGAUAAGAUGUCUUCCUGGUGGGACCCUCCCUGACUCGUUGAGGAACUCCUAUAGAAAAGGACACUGGACUGAAUUCAUGGGAAGAGUGUUGAAGCAUAUAGGAGAGCAGAAUGUGACUCCUGACCAGAUCCGCAGCGUUUUGGAGACUAUCCCUUUCACAGAUGGAAUGAAAGAGUUACUGACCUACAUCUCCCAGCAUAAGAACUCCAUUGACUGCAUCGUGAUCUCCGAUUCCAACACACUGUUCAUCGAGUGGAUCCUACAAGCCUCCGGACUACAAUCUGCCGUCGACCAUGUGUUUACAAACCCUGCUGACAUAAACGAACAAGGCUACAUGGAGGUACGCGGCUACCACACUCACAACUGCACCAAAUGCCCUGUUAAUAUUUGCAAGAAAGAGGUGCUAGCACUUUAUCUGUCGCAACAUUCAGAGCGCGGUGUGGAGUACGAGAAGGUUUUCUAUGUAGGAGAUGGAGGGAAUGACCUUUGUCCUACCGCCUGUCUAAGAGAGCAAGAUGUAGUAAUGCCAAGGAAAGGCUACUCUUUAGAGAAACAUCUGAUUCAACUGGAAAAUCAGACCGGCUCUAUAAGGCCUCGUGUGAUGGCUUGGAGCAGUGGUAACGAAAUACUACAAGAGCUAAAAGCAACUGUCUAGUCACUAUGCACAAUGUUGCUUUUACUUUGCAAAAAAAGAGGAUUUUAUUGAGUGUAAGUAAAAAAAAAAAAAUCAGUUUUAAAUCAUACAAAGUUAACAAACUUCAAAAUGUGAAAUAUACUUGAAUGGUACCUCAGGGCAUUCAUAAGGUUAGGUAAAGCUUGACCUGUUGUCUGAUCGGACAAAAAAUAAAUAACACCAUUGAAUAGUAUUAAAAUAAUGAUUGUUUAAAAAUGCACUUAGAAAAUUAUAAUGUUAUAGCAGUUUAAGCUCGAGUAAAGGUUGUUUAGUAGAGACACUGUCUAUUUUUUUUUUAUCAAGCCAAAUUGUUAAAAGUGGUGUAAUUGUUAUUUUAGUUGUACCUGAUUCUUCUUUGUCUAUAUCCGAUUCACAGGACAAACCUUUGCAAAAUCUGCAGGUUGAACAUCUGUCUGAUUUGGUCAUGUCUUAUACAACUUACAGUUACAAAAGCGGUUGUCUGAUGAAACCUUGUACCGCCAUAUUGUGUAACUUUGUUUUGGUACAUCAGCACAAACUUUUACUUACAUUAAACAGAAGUAAAUGAAAACCAAUGCGUUAAUUACAAACAAAAUAAGAGAGUUUUUAUUUUUUUAAACACAAAAAAAAUUUAAUUCUGUCUCGUUCGCACUAGUAAUUUAAUCGUUAUUGUAACUUAUGAUGAAUGAAUAAAUGUCAUGUUUAUAACUUACAUUUAACUAUUUUGUACAUGUAGCUGAUAUGGCUGGACUUAAUUAAGUAGUUUAAUAAAAAAAAAAAAAUGAAACGCACAUUACUUAUGUCAGUAUUCUAUUCACAAAAACAUAUUUAAGUUUGACUAAUUAAAUAUUUCAUGUACUUCUCAUAAACAAUAUACUGUUAAUGUACUGCCUGUUUUGUAUUUAUUUUACACUGAACUAAUUAAACAAAUUUCAUGUGUCGAUGUU